GAUGACAAGUUUAUUUUGCGACUUUAAAAUAGAGACAGAGCGCAACAUGUCAUACUCCGAAAGCCACGCUCAACUGAGGAGAAAACAAUCGGCGCCAUAAUAUGCAACCAAGGGCUCAAAUGCUGACAAAAUGCCUGCAGCUAGCUAAAAACUUUAGAUUUCCCGUUGUAUUGUAUAUGCUGAGAUGCAUGAAUCCAACUCCUGCUGUGGCUGCUCCUGCUGCUUCUGUUAAAUUUGAAGGACUCACUAAAACUGAGAAGAUGAAGGUGAAAUGGACUCAGGUGGGUUUGGUGUUCUUCCUCGUCUUGUCACUGGUGAUGACAGGAUGUUUCUUCUGGCAAUAUCAGCUGCCUAAAGUUCGGCCAGAUGACGGCAUGGGUCGCAAUGCCAACUCAGAGAUGAUGUGUCCCCGUUUCCCCGAGCCUCUUCCGCUGGAGCAUCCCAUCCCCAGUCUGAAAGAGGCCCUGGAAAAGGUGGAUGUUUUGCUUCGGCAGACCGUCAACCCCAUCAGCCUUCCUGCUCUGUCGGCCAUCGUGAUCUUAAAUGACACAGUUUUGUGGACCGGAAACUUUGGAAAAAGGAACGGCAGUGACCCAUUAUCAGGAACCCCCAAUGAAUACACGAUCUACAGAAUUGCCAGCCUAUCCAAAAUUUUCCCGACACUGAUGCUGUACAAACUGUGGGAGGAAGGGAAGAUCGGCUCUUUAGAUGACCCUCUGGAGAAAUAUGUGGAGAACUUCACAAUCAAAAACCCUUUGGGGAAGACACGAGACUCGGAGCUGAAAUAUGUGACAGAUGGUCUAAUAUUUCUGGACAGCGGGGAAGUUCAGAUCCGCUCUUCCUCAGUCACGCUGCGCAGGAUGGCCAGCCAGCUAUCAGGUCUUCCCAGGAGACUCCGGGCCACAAAUCUGCUCUGGAAAGGAAAAACACAAUCUGCAAUCGAUCUGCUACAAGAUGAUGUGCUUGUCGCAGACCCAGGCACCAAAUGUCACUACAGCAACCUCGCCUUCUCGCUGCUGGCUCAUGUGAUGGCCGAGCGAGUGGCCAGCGUCGACUACCAGCGGUGGAUCACAGAUAACAUCUUGGACCGGCUGGGGAUGGAGGACACCGGUUUCGACAUCACCCCAGGGCUCCAAAGCCAGAUGGCUGUGGGAGUUUACUCAAAUGGAAAACCAGCCCCGCUCUAUGACCUGGGCUGGUACCGGCCUUCAGGUCAGAUGUUCUCCACGGCGGCAGACUUGGCCAAGCUCGCCAUGAUGCUGUUGGGUGCUUAUCACCGCAAGCUGCUGGAGCCAGACUCCUUGAAGAUCAUGCUGACCCCGCUCUUCAGGUGUGACAAGGACUACUUUGCCAACCGUACCGGGACGCCGUGGGAGGUUAACGAGCUGAUGGGCUACGAGGUGGUGCGAAAAGAUGGCGAUCUGGAUGGCUACUCGGCUACCUUCUCCUUAGUGCCAAGACUGAAGCUUGGCAUGGUGGUGCUCAUGGCUGGAAGUAGGUCUCAGAACCAGGAUGUGGUAACCAAGGCCUACAACCACAUCAUCCCAGCCGUAGAAAAAGCCUUCAGGGAAGCCAAGAAAAUCCUCUUCCCGCCCCCAAACCCAGAUCCUUACAUCGGCUUUUUCACCUACAGCAACAUCACCUUCUAUGAGAUCAAAGCCGGGGCGGACGGAGUUCUGAUCAUGCAGCAAUUUGGGCCCCAGAUUGAAGAGCUGAUCCCAGAGAAAUACAGGACAAUAAAGCUCAAUUACCUGGUUGAACGCGUGUUCAGAGUGGUGUUUGAAAAAGAAUACCCUUGUGUUUUGCAAGUUGGCACAGCCUCAGUGUCCCUGGAAGCCCAAGACGGCCAAUUAUUUAACUUCUACAUGUUUGAUAAGCGGGGUUUGUCCCCUGGCUUUGAUGCACCAGGACUGAACACAUAUAAUGUGGUCAGAAUAGCUCGCAGGCCAACCUUCUCGAGCUGAACUGCAGCAAUGCUUAAGCCUAAAGACAAAUGGUGUGUCCUUGGGAUAUGUGAUGGAGUGUAAACAAAAAGGAGGCUGUAAGAGACCAAAUGGAAAAGUUUUUUGGCUGUCACAAAUGAAAUUGUGCUCCUGAUUUACACAGACCACAGAGAAGGCUGGCGUACCGUUCACCCAGCUGUAUAAAGAAUUAAUGAAUUACUCUCUGUUGAAUGAUAUAUAUGGCUGUCCUUCUUACUCUGGUCCUUCCUGAACAUUCACAAUGUGGUGAUACAGUGCUUGUGUUUUCCCUGCCUGCAUCCACACCACUCUUAGAUUGUUUCUUCUGUCCUUGAGUUUUUAUGAGAGGAAACAGCAGAGGGCCAGCUCACAGCAAUUAAAAUGAACAUUUACACACACAAUAUUUCAUUUUCAGUUCUUGAACCAUGAUAGCAAUUCCACAAACUUAUCGGCUCAUACAUAUUUAUCCCCCAUUGGUGAAGGCAAAAAAUAUUUCUUUGUGUUAUGAACUACUGUAUUCUUUGCAGCAGGUACAAUGAGGACAUGUUCAUGGCAAACAUGAAUAUAUAUGCACCACUUUUAUUUAAAUCUUGAUGUUGCCGUGGGUAUUGAAUUGCUGAUUUUAUGUCAAAAAUCAUGCACUUAGACGUGACUAAGAAGCAAAGAGGCGAUUAAGGACAGAAAGGUUUUUGGUUGCUAGUGUGACUCUUUGCUGUGUAAUCCCUAAAAAUGGACUCAAUUCAUCCUGACCUCUAACACCAAUAUGAAUAAUACACCGCCUGGACUGCCGCAAGAAGUGGCAGAUUCAAGUGGACGGAAAUAACUCUCAUAAGGCAACGGCUGAUAUUUUACCUUUUUUAUAUUAGAUUGCCUGUCUGAAGAUGGGAUGGAAAUGGAAUAGAUAUUGAAAAUGUUGCUUAGUCUUGAAGCAUCGGGCGCAACAAGUGGAGUAGAAAUAUUGAAAUAUUGAAACUGGCAUUCAGUUAUGCAAUGCAGCGUUGUCACAGCCCACAGACUGAAGCUCAUUCUGAUGGAUGGUGGGAAGAAAAUGAAUCACUGGUGUCAUGCAUUUACAAGCCAUUACACUGAGCAAUUGUAUCAACAUGCAAAUUAUACCAUGUGUUGACUCUCUGCUAUUGUUGAGGCUUGUUAUUUUGUGUAAGAUGUCAGAUGAGGCUCAGACAGCCUUCAGACAAGCAGCAAUUACACGAAAGUAAUCAUUUUU